GGGUGCGGCUGCCGCGGGCCCUGCAGGGCCGGGACAGGGCCGGCCUGCAGCCCUGCAGCUGUGCGGUGCAGACGCUGCGGGCGAUGCUGGCGCGCGCCGGGAGCGACGACGUCGUGCAGGACGUGGGGAGCGCCGGGGGCUGGGAGCUGAUGGAAAUUCCCGAGCGGCACCACGACGGAAUCGCCCUCCUGGCCAGGGCGAUGGCUCGGCUCUGCGGGCCCCGGCUGCCGCCCAUCGUCCGGAGCCUCAUCCCGGUGCUGGGGAGCGCCUUGGAAUGCCAGAGGGUGACCAGCAGCGCCUUCCUGGCCGAGCUGCUCAACCACAACGUGGUGAACGACCUGGUGCUGCUGGAGCCCAUCGUGGACGCGCUGACGGCCCUGGAGAAGGACUCCUGCCUCCUGGUGCGCGUCCUGGCGCUGCGCGGGCUCGGCAACGUCGCCUCGGGCUCCCCGGAACAGAUCCGGCGGCACGGCUCGCAGCUGCUGGCCUCCAUGGUGAACGGCCUGGACGACAAGGACGACCCCAACAACCUGCUGGCGCUGGAGGCCAUGUCCAGCCUCUCCAGGAUCCUGGAUCACCUGGAGGAGCGGGACGUGCACUCCACGGUGCUGCGCGUCGCCAUCCGCAUCCGGCCCUUCUUCGACAGCGAGCACGCGGAGCUGCGGCACUCCUCCAUCCUCCUCUUCGGGAACCUGUCCCGCUUCAGCCGCGCCGACUCCGAGGUUUUCUCGGAGCAGAUCCUCAACGGGCUCGUGACGCUGCUGCUGCACCUGCAGGACCCCCAGCCCGACGUGGUCAAGGCGUGCAAGUUCGCGCUGAGGAUGUGCGGGCCCAGCCUGGGCUGCGAGGGGCUCCGGGAAAUGUUCGGGAAUCACCUGCGGGAGGAGCGGGGGCUGCACUACGGCGAGUUCGUCAACGACGCCGCCAAGUUCCUGAUGCGCAGCCACCCCGCGCUGCUGAGCCGCCUCAUCUCCACCAACCUCUUCUACUUCAAGAGCCCCUGGCGGGAGCUGCGGGCGGCGGCGGCCAUGUUCAUCGGGUUCCUGGUGCUCCACAUGGACGAGGAGCAGGGCCAGCAGGUGGACCUGGACCAGCUCAUCUCUGCCCUGCAGCUGCUGCUCAAGGAUCCGGUUCCAGCCGUGAGGGUCAAGGUGGCCGAAACCCUGGGACGCCUCGUCCGCCUCCUCUGAAUCCCAGAAUUCCCAAAAAUUCCCAAAAUUCCCGGGAAUUCCCAGCUCCGACACCCGGGGACUCCUCAUCUGCCUCCUCUGAAUCCUGGAAUUCCCAAAAGUUCCAAGGAAUUCCCAGCUCCGAGACCCUGGGAAUCCUCAUCUGCCUCCUCUGAAUCCCGGAAUUCCUGGGAAUUCCCGGCUCCAAGACCCUGGGACUCCUCAUCUGCCUCCUCUGAAUCCUGAAAUUCCCCAAAAUUCCCAGGAAUUCCUGGAAUUCUCAAAAUUCCCAGGAAUUCCCAGCUCCGAGACCCUGGGACGCCUCAUCUGCCUCCUCUGCAUCCCAGAAUUCCCGGGAAUUCCCAGCUCCGCUCAGCAAUACCCCGGGGGAUCCCAAUCCAUGGGAAAAGUCUUCCAUCACCUCCGUCCUCGGGGACAAAAAAAGUGGGAAAACGACCGGAAUUCGGGAUGGGAUCCAUUCCCAGCCCUCCAACCCCCAUCCCUCUCUGCUGCUUCCCGGUGGGUAACGGGAUCCAAUUCCCAAAAUUCCCACCUGGAAUUCCCACCUGGAAUUCCCCCCUGUACAGAGACC